AUGGCGGGGGUAGCGAGGUGGUGGUGCAGCAGCGUGGGGGCGCGCGGUGCUCCAUCUCCAGCCAUGGAAGCGGGCUCGUGGUUGCCGGCGACCUCCCCUUGGGCGACGCGGUUGGUCGCGGCGGCGCGGACAGACUGCCAUGAUGGGCGGCGGUGCGGAAAACCGGCCACGAUCCCGGCUGCGCCUCCAUGGAUGCGCGGGGAAAAGGGGCGGCGCGCGGCGCUGCGCAGGUUCCUGCAGCUGCUGCGCGUUUGCUCUCGUUGGGCAUCCUACCAGGUUUUGACUGCUUUCGGCGUAAGCAAGGUGCUAGAAUCCGGGCACUCGGGUUACAAGGCAGGCGAUCUGGUGUGGGGAAUCAUAGGAUGUGAGGAAUACACCUUGGUCACUAAUCCAGAGUCGCUAUUCAAGAUCAGCCAUCCUGAAUUUCCACUGUCGUACUACACAGGUGUUCUUGGCAUGCCUGGCCUUACUGCAUAUGCUGGGUUUUUUGACGUGGCCAAGCCGAAAAAAGGGGAGUAUGUCUUUGUGUCGGCUGCAUCAGGCGCCGUAGGACAGCUUGUUGGGCAGCUUGCUAAAAUCACAGGCUGCUACGUUGUUGGCAGUGCCGGUUCUGAUGAGAAGGUCAACCUCCUAAAAACAAAGUUUGGAUUCGACGAUGCCUUCAACUACAAGAAGGAGAAGGACCUCAACGCCGCACUUAAGAGGUGCUUUCCGGACGGCAUUGACAUCUACUUUGAGAAUGUGGGUGGUGCGAUGCUGGACGCGGUGCUACUUAACAUGAGGUUGCACGGGCGGGUGUCAAUGUGUGGAUUGAUCUCGCAGUACAACCUGGAGCAGCCUGAGGGUGUGCGUAACCUCUUCUGCAUCGUCACCAAGCGCAUCCGCGUGGAGGGUUUCAUGGUGACGGAGUACUUCGGCACCUACAGCAAGUUUGAGGAGGAGAUGGCAGGUUACCUCAAGAAAGGGAAGAUCACCUAUGUGGAGGACGUUGCAGAGGGCAUAGAGAACGUGCCAGCUGCGCUUAUCGGGAUCUUCUACGGACGUAACAUCGGAAAGCAGCUUGUGGCUGUAGCACGGGAGUGACAUCAUAUGUCGCUGAUGUUUUUUUUUCGAAAUGGGGGUAUUCCCCGGCCUUUGCAUCAGUCAAUGCACAUAGCCUUUUAUUAAAAGAGACACGUCGCUGAUGUAACUUUAGACACCAGAGUUCUUUUAGGUUCUAAUCAGGCCUUGCGUGACC